ACUUUCCCGCCCCUAAAGAAGAAACGCACCGGAAAUGUUUCACCUCACAAACGGAAACAUGAUUUUCAAGAUGGAGGGGGACGGGAGCGACAAUAUGGAGAUGGGAGAAAGUAAAGGUGGAACAGGUCUUCGCCAAUACUACCUCUCCAAAAUAGAAGAGUUACAGCUGACUGUGAACGACAAGAGCCAGAAUCUCAGACGACUGCAGGCUCAAAGAAAUGAGCUCAAUGCGAAAGUGCGUCUCCUCCGUGAAGAGCUGCAGUUACUUCAGGAGCAGGGCUCCUACGUAGGAGAAGUGGUCAGGGUGAUGGACAAAAAGAAAGUUCUGGUCAAGGUGCACCCAGAAGGGAAAUUUGUGGUGGAUGUGGACAAGAACAUUGACAUCAAUGAUGUGACCCCAAAUUGUCGUGUUGCACUUCGCAACGACAGUUACACUCUGCACAAGAUCCUCCCCAACAAGGUGGACCCUCUGGUGUCCCUAAUGAUGGUGGAGAAGGUUCCAGACUCCACCUAUGAGAUGAUUGGGGGCCUGGACAAGCAGAUCAAGGAAAUCAAGGAAGUGAUCGAGCUGCCUGUCAAGCACCCUGAACUUUUUGAAGCCUUGGGUAUUGCACAACCAAAGGGCGUGUUGCUGUACGGACCUCCGGGUACAGGCAAGACCCUGCUGGCCAGAGCUGUGGCCCACCACACUGACUGCACCUUCAUUAGGGUUUCAGGGUCUGAGCUGGUUCAGAAGUUCAUUGGAGAAGGCGCUCGCAUGGUACGUGAACUGUUCGUCAUGGCCCGAGAGCACGCUCCUUCCAUCAUCUUCAUGGACGAGAUCGACUCCAUUGGCUCAUCUCGCUUGGAGGGAGGUUCAGGUGGAGACAGCGAGGUGCAGAGGACCAUGUUGGAGCUGCUUAAUCAGCUGGAUGGCUUCGAGGCCACCAAGAACAUCAAGGUCAUCAUGGCCACCAACCGUAUCGACAUCCUGGACUCUGCUCUGCUCAGGCCAGGCAGGAUCGACAGGAAGAUCGAGUUCCCGCCUCCAAACGAAGAGGCUCGUCUGGACAUCCUGAAGAUCCACUCCAGGAAGAUGAACCUGACACGCGGCAUUAACCUGAGGAAGAUAGCCGAGCUGAUGCCCGGAGCCUCAGGCGCUGAGGUUAAGGGAGUGUGCACGGAAGCUGGCAUGUAUGCGCUGAGAGAAAGAAGAGUGCACGUCAACCAGGAGGACUUUGAGAUGGCUGUGGCAAAGGUGAUGCAGAAAGACAGCGAGAAGAACAUGUCCAUCAAGAAGCUGUGGAAGUAACUUCAGCCACACAUGUAUAUUUUUUGUUUAUGGUUUGCUUUCUAAGUGUUGUCCUAAAAUAAACAUACAACAUCA